AUGAGACACAGUGAGGCCCGACUGGCGUGCAAGCCGGCAAAUGCGGGCAACACGCCAGGGAACACAGCCUGCAGCUGCAGUGCAGCCGCUGGAGAGGAACCCCAAACCAGGGACGCGACCCGCAGGUCACCCAGGGCUGCUGCUUGGAGUGAUGAUAAUGCUACUGAACCAAAGCCAUGCUAUCCUGACAUCUGUAAACUCCUGGAGGACUUUGGGGCUUUGACAGAAAAAGUGAACUCUGUGGAAACUAGGCUGCAGGACAGUGAAAACCAGAUUUUGGAGCUGCAACACAAAGAAAGAACCAAGAUCAUAUUUAGUGCAUUAUUAGGCGGUGGAUAUGUUGGACCCUUCAGCACAGACAGAACCUUAGUCUACAGCAGAGUAAUUACAAAUCUUGGCAAUGCUUACAGUCCAGGAACAGGUGUGUUUACAGCACCUGUUGCAGGUGUUUAUUACUUUACCUUCUUCUGUCAUGCUGGAGGAAAUCAUCCUCAACGGGUUAAUCUGUACAAGAACAGUUUGGCGAUCGUCAUGGCAAGUGAUCAUAGUUCAAAAUAUGACUCAGCUGAUAAUGCAGGGAACGCAGUGUUCCUGCAGCUGCAGCAAGGAGACAGAGUGUAUCUGCGCAUGGAUGCAGGCUCGCACCUUUGGGGAGGCGAAAGCCAAACAACUUUCAGUGGUUUUUUGGUCACUCAAAUGUAA